UACCCAAAAGCAAGGAAGGGGAGACUGGAGAGAAUCUAGAAAUGCUGCUGCCCCUCCUAUUUCUUAACCUUUACAGUUCCUUCCUUCCUAAAAUAUUCCAGAAAUAAAUAACAAAAAGAUUUUCAAACUACAAGAGAAGUGAAGAAAAAAAGAGAUUCAAUUAAAACCAAAAAAAAAAAAAAAAGCACAGAAGAAGAAUAAAAGGAGACUAGAUGUUGACAAAUAUCAUGUCACUGUUGUUCAUACAAGUUUGUUUGUCAUUGUGUUGUAGAUUUUCUUAUCUGGGAUCUCUCUCUCUCUCUCUCUUUCUCUAAGCUGGCCCAGUAGAUCAACAAACAAAUCUCUCUAUUAAUAAUAACUUUUCAGAAUUCUCUUUUCUUCUUAUACUAAGAUAGAGAUGAUGAAGAGGAAGAUCUAAUUUCAUUUUUAAGGUUCUUUUUUCUUCUUCAAAUGGUGUUACUCAAAUUCCCCCACCUUGUUUUUUUCGCUCUGUUUCAUUAAAGACUUUGAAUUUCAGUGGUUGAAGAAAUUCUUAUUAUGUAGAUAGUUGAUUGAUUGAAUUCAGAAGAUGUGGGUUUGAGGGAAUGGGAACAGAAGUCCAGUGUAAAAGCUUCACUCCGGCAUUUCACUCUAUGUGGGAUCUUAAUGAGGAUGCAAACAGUGGAAGUUGGCCUGUGUAUUACGAUGAUAAAGUCUUGAAGAAAGAGCAGUACUACAACUGUUACAUGGCAGGGUCCAAUAUGGAUAAUGGAUAUUCAGAUUACGAGAAACAAGUACUGAAGCAAACAAUACUUGAGCAUGAAAAUGUAUUCAGGAAACAGGUUUAUGAACUACACCGCCUUUAUAGAACACAAAGGGAAUUAAUGAAUGAGUUUAAAAGGAACGAAUUACACAAGUAUGUGAGACCAGUGGAGGUAUCACAGUCAAGUAAUCAAUUUUCAACUCAAACAGCUUUAGAAGGUGCUAAAAAUUCCUGGCAAGUACCAAGCUUCCCCUUCAUGAGCCCUACUUGCAGUAGACCCUCCGUAUCAGGUGUUGAGAGCACGCAAUCUCCAAUGUGUUUUGUAAAAGAUAGUAGUUUGUCUGUCACCCCAAAGGCAGUACAGGAUGGAAGUUCUACCGAGGAACGUGAGUUAUUGAAGUCCAAGUCUAAACAGGUGGGGAGAAAAAUGUUUGACCUGCAACUUCCAGCAUAUGAGUAUAUAGACAGUGAUGGAGAAGAUGGGGAAGCAAAAGUUUCCCAAUCAUCUAAAAUAGCAGCUUAUCCUCUUAAGAGAAAUUGUGAAUCUGUUAUAGACAAUAAGCUGUCUCUUGGUGGUGGAGUCAACCUUAGUUGCCAAGGAGAUGCUUCAAGAUCUGAAUCCCAUGUAUCAAACAGGACAGGAUUGGCUGAUUUGAACCAACCCAUACAAAGUGAGGAAACAGUAUACCCGUCUCCAGUUAGUUUUCUGGGAACUACUGCUGCUUUCUGUGCGAGGAAUCAAGGAGAGGAGUCGCCUGCAAAACCUAAUUACUCCGGAGUCCCUCGGGAUUAUUUUUUUAACGCGUGGAAAGACAAGAGUAGUGGGUCUCACCAAAAUAAUACACAUUUGGAGAAUGAGGGAAAAAGAGAAAAACCAUAUCAGCUUGAAGCAGGAUUAAAUAGAGGAAUCGAUUCGUUUCAUUUACAGAAUUUGCAUGCACAGUCCACUUCACCAAAUGUUGAUCCUAAUAGGGCUCACGAAUAUCCAGCAUUUUCUGUAUUUGACACUUGCAUGAGACAGCCAUGGCGAGAAAGAGCAGUUUGUGGCUUAGAAAUUCCUGAAGGUAGUCAGAGUCACUACAAGUAUAACUAUUUGGGAUCAGUUGUUGAACCACGAAUACCCACUUCAUAUACAUGUGCUUCUCAGUCUGAAAACAACUCUGAAUCUUCUUCAGUCUCUUCUUGGAUAAAACCCAUAGAUAAUGUUCAUGAGAAGUCAGUAGAGGUUAGAACUCUCCCAUGCUUAAACUCCUAUUCUCCAUAUAGUAACAAUUCCAAAUCGUCAGUCCAAAAUCCGGUGGUUAAUGGCAGUGGAUGGCAUUUUAGUAACAACCCUAGGCCAAUAACUGGAAGUGGAAAGGAAAGCUACUCCAGGAAUGGUUUUUACCACGGUUCGCAGGCAGAGUACAGUGCAUCUAAGGUUCCCUUUCCUUCCACUCGUUUUGAUUUCAUUAAUGGUAGUAUUAACAGUAAUUCAGCUUCAGAACACUCUGAAAAUCGCAGCCCCACAAAGUAUUUUAGGGGUUCGGAGUGCUUGGAUGUAAAGUCUAUGAAUGGUGUGAAUUUGAAUCUGGCUGCUCUGAAUGGGUUUCAAGAUGGAGCAGUUCGCCGACAUGAUCUUGUGAUUAUUGAUGGGGAGGGUGAGAAUGAAGACCGAGUGCUUGGGUUACCAUGGCUGAGAGCAAAAUUUGCAGGUGAAAAUGGACAUCCAAAUAGAACAGGAAUGAAUUCGUCUCAGGUUACCACUAAAAUAGUUGAAAAGGGUAGUGGUUCUAUGUCGAGCAUGUUUCAAAAUUUUAAUUCCUCAUCUGCUAGUAACACUCCAAGUGUAAGGGUGGGUGACUGCCCAGAUAGUAGAAGGAUUGUUGGUUUUCCCAUGUUCGACAAGUCUCAUAUUUCCAAGGACCAGAAAUUUGUUAUACCCCAGUCCAAGUAUCAGUGUUCCCCUAAAGGGAAGGAGAUUCAGAAUAAUGGGAAAGUUAUUUUCAACGUCGACUUGUCCCAAGCGCAUGUGAAACCAGAAUCUAGCUCAAGGCUGUCAUCACAUAAUCUGACAGGCUUAGACUUGAACUAUUCUGGUUUUGGAAAUGAUUUUAAUCUGAACUUAUGUAUAGGCGAGGAAGAGAAUACAUCUGUGCCUCAGUUUCCAAAACCAACAGUUAAAAUUGCAGUUGAGAUAGAUUUGGAGGCGCCAGUAGUGCUCGACACUUUGGAGGGAUGCACUCUGGAGGGUGAGUGUUCACUGAAUCAACCGGAGACAAAUGUUCAAUCAUCGGCAACCAAUAAAGACCCACUAAAGGCACUUGAAAGAAUUGCAUCAGAGGCUAUAGUCUUAAUUUCUUCGUCGACGAAUUAUUUAGAGAAUUCUGCACUGAAGUCAUCUGAAGAGUCUCUCAAGGACUGUCUGGGUUGGUUUGCAGAUGUAGUAUCUGGCAUGGCUGAUCUUGAGAUUGAAUCGAGGCAUAAUGAGGAAUCCUCCUGUGAGAGUGAUUACUUUGAGACAAUGACAUUAAAACUGACCGAGACAAAAUUAGAAGAGUUACCCUGUCAGAUUUGGGUGCCCGAAAAUCAAAAAGAAGCGGAAACAGUUAAUUGUCCAAUGCUAACCCGGCAUCGAAGAGGACAGUCAAGGAGAGGACGACAGAAAAAGGAUUUUCAGAGAGAUAUCCUUCCAGGUCUUGUUUCUUUGUCUCGGCAUGAAGUGACUGAAGAUCUUCAAACAUUCGAAGGCUUGAUGAAAACAAUGGGUCACUCUUGGCCGAGUAGUUUAACUAGAAGGAACACAGGUAGAAAUGGAUGGGCACGGGGUAGGAAACGGACACAGGGUUCAGCUCCUCUUCCAACGGUUAUAUGCUCUCCGCCAAAAGAGCAACCAAGCAAGGUAGAACCCGGGUUUGAGGAGAAAUGCUUAAAAGGAUGGGGGAAAACGACUAGACGACCGCGAAGGCAGAGACUUCCAGCUGGUACACCUCUUCUCGUGUAACUCUUAUAUCACAUUUAAUAGGAAGAGCAAAUAACCCUGCACAACAUGGUUUCAGAGAUAUUGGUUGGAGGGAAAUGAAACAAGUUUCAUUUGCAAAGCUCCUCUGGAGGUUGACAGAGUAGAUAUAGAGUAGGUAUGGGAGUGAGGUUAUUGACCUCCUCUCCUUUGUACAUUAUCUGCCCUAACAUUUGGGUGUUCCAUUUAUCCUGAUUGAGUUCUGAAUUUAGUUAACAGUCUGUAUAAAUGUUGUUUCAUUAUUUCCUCUUAUGAUAAAUUGCAAGAUGUCUUCUCUCCUUCAAAAA